UUUGUUUUAGCUAAAAAAUUAAUAAUGUAUUCAACGGCGAAGACCUCACUUGUUGCUAUAUACUUGGUAUUUUUACUGUCUCCAUCACAUGGAGAAGUAUUCACCGCUUUGACUGAUAUCGAACCACUGUUGGAAACCCACGUCAUGAUAAUGGGAACUUUAGAGGACUACAUUGAAUACGAGGAGAAACGGUUAGACGUUUUAAAACGCCACCUAAAAGUAUAUCAAACAGAACACAAAAAGGCUAUGGAAGACAUACCAAAUUAUUUGGGAAAUCCAAUAAACGCAUUUACAUUAAUAAAGAGAUUGACGACGGAUAUCGAUUUCAUGGCAAAGAGAAUAGAAGCUGGAAUAGACUAUGCAAGGAACACGACGAUAAUGAAGCCUCAUCCAGACAUGCAAUACCCUUCGUUAGAGGACCUCACAGGCGCCGCGCAAGCUCUCACACGCUUGCAGGAGACCUACCACCUCGAUGUUAAGGAUCUCGCUCAAGGGAUAUUGAAUGGAGUUAUGUACAGUACAUCGAUGAAUUCCGAUGACUGCUUCGAACUUGGCAGACUGUUAUACACCGAGAAGGACUACAAGAACGCACUGUCUUGGAUGUUAAUGGCACUAGAGAAAUAUCCCAAUGAUGACGAGCUCUAUAGCUUCACUGAUGUUGAUAUAAUGGAGUACAUCAGCUUCACUUACUUCUUGUUAGAUGACGUUAAAGCGGCGUUGUACUGGACUCGCAAGUUGCUGGCGCUGGCCCCGGACCACGAGCGAGCGAAAGGGAACAUACCUCAUUAUACCAAAGCGCUUGCGAAGAAUGAGAGUAAAUUUACAAAGAUGCGACGUGGGGAUACCGGUGAGCCUGAGUUAGAGGUGACGUUGGAACAGGAGAAAGAAAAUGGGACAAAACCAGAACCAUCACAGUAUGAAAAGGAAAGAAAAGUGUAUGAAGCGCUUUGUCGCGGUGAAAUGGAGAUACCAGUUGAGGUUGCCAAACGAUUGAAAUGUCGCUAUCUGACUGAGAAUCACCCGUUCCUGAAAUUAGCUCCGAUUAAAAUGGAGUACGUAUACGUCGAUCCAGAUAUAAUUGUGUUCCAUGAGGUCAUGACCGAAGACGAGACGUACGAAAUUAUGAUGCUAGCUAAACCCAGAUUCCGGCGCGCCACGGUGCACGACCCGCGCACGGGCGCGCUGGUGCCGGCGCACUACCGCAUCAGCAAGUCGGCGUGGCUGCGCGACGAGGAGGCGCCCGCGGUGGCGGCCGUGUCGCGCCGCGUGGCCGCCUUCACCGGCCUCAGCCUCGCCACGGCCGAGGAGCUGCAGGUCGUCAACUACGGGCUCGGCGGCCACUACGAGCCGCACUUCGACUUCGCGCGCAAACAAGAAAAUGCAUUCGAGAAUUUCCACGGUAACCGUAUAGCGACGGUUCUAUUCUAUAUGUCGGACGUGGCGCAGGGCGGCGCCACGGUGUUCACGGAGCUGGGCCUCAGCGUGUUCCCGCAGGCCGGCGCCGCCGUGUUCUGGCUCAACCUGCACCCGUCGGGCGAGGGCAACCUCGCCACGCGCCACGCCGCCUGCCCCGUGCUGCGCGGCUCCAAGUGGGUGUCUAACAAAUGGAUUCACCAGGGCGGCCAAGAGCUAAUAAAACCGUGCGAUCUCGAGUACCAAUCUGAGGGCAUAAUACGACCACUUCCGCGACCGAUGCUGAAGAAAUCUCUUAGAUAAAUAUUUAUAUAAAAAUUACUUCAAUUAGAUAAAUGUUAUACAUUAUAUCGGUACGAGUUAACGUAAUAUGAAAUUUGAAACACGUACUUUACUCAAACUCGUCAUUUCCGUAAUCUAUAAAAAAAUAAUUAAGUAAGUUACUACUAACAUUGAAGUAGGGAUAUUUGUCUUCAAUUUAAUAUCAUAUUGUUUUACACUUAACAAAUUCUAUGACAUUAAAAUAAAGGAUUACUCAGCUACCAAAACACCUAUUUUGAUACAAAAUUUAUUACCUAAAAUGAUAGUUUUUAUCCAGGCCGAGACUAAUUUAAGUUUAUUGUAAAAUUAAUGCUAUAGAGGCUGUCGCUCCUUGUCGAAUGUUUUAUUAAUUUUAAGUAAUAAGUCUAUAGUUGUUUUUAAUUAAUUUAAAAAAAAAUAUAUGGCCAUUAUAUUGCAUUUAUUUAAAAGUAUUGAGUCAAAUGUUUUAUGAUAGUUACUGUGUGUACAAAAUUAUUAUAGUUGUUUACAAAGGCCUUUUAUAUUAUAAUAUGUUAUAAGCCGUCGUCGUAAUUAUUCUCUCUAUGACGUUUUUUAAGAAUUUAUUUUUUGUAUAUAAUAAACAAGUAGUCGUAAACUACAAAUGUAUACAAUUAUUUUUAACACAUUAUACAGUUAUUUUGUACUGUUGUACCAUUUCAUUAAGAAAUAAUUAUAAUCUUUUUAUAUAAAAUCGUAUGGCUUUAACGAAAUGUCGUAAGUUUGGGCAUGACGUAAAUGAUGCGAGUGCGGUAUGACGACGAGAAGAUACGACGAACGGACCGAGAGGAAGGCAAUAAAAGAAGGAGUAUCCAUAGAAUACUGUAUAUUCUAGCGAUGUGAGCACAGAGUAGUAUUGAACCUGACUUUCUGAAAGGAACUAGUCAAAAGACACAGUAAGGAUACUCAAUGAAGAGCGUGUACGAAUUAAGCGCUAGAGACUAAUUAUGGGUCAUCAGAAUUAUAUUUCCUCAUUUUGAUAAUUGGUAGCCAGGAAGAUAUAUUAAUUCUUCCGUAUAGCUUGGAUAGCGUGUAACUAAGGUCUGCGCCAUCUAGUGACGAGUGCGUUACUUAAUAAUUUUAUUUAUAUGCCAUGCUGAUACUAAAUAUAAAAUAUAAUAAAUAUAAUAUAUGCGCAAAAAAAA